GAAAUGACUGUUUUUUUGAUCCUUUGUCCCCCCUCGCCUCUUCCCUUCCUCCUCCUCCUCCAUAUCCCUUUCUCUGUACUCAAAUCCCUUUGUUUUCUAAUCCAUAUUCAAACCUAGGGUUCAACUUCGGAGCUCCCUUUUUUAAAUUUUUUUUGCCCCAACUUCUUAAAAUAAACAAAAUCCAAAAACAGUUUUUAAAAAUCUUGCGUUCAUUUUUUAUAAUUUUCUUGUUUUCUCUUGCUUCUGUUUCUGUUUUUUCCCUUCUUUUGAUGUGGUUGUGUUCAUGGCUGGUUUAGAUUUAAGCACAGCUUCUCGUUACGUUCAUCAACUCCACCACCGCUCCGACUUGCACCUCCAAAGACAAUCCGAUCAAAAUGAAGAUGACAACAAUAAUAAUAAUAGGGGUGGUGCUCAGUUUUCCGGUGAUCACCACGAUGAGAGCGGCGGUGGCCACCACCAGGGUCUCGAACUAGUCUCCGCCACCGCCAACCCGGGCGAUAUCGUGGCUCGCCGACCUAGAGGCCGACCAGCAGGGUCCAAAAACAAGCCUAAACCUCCGGUAAUUAUCACUAGAGAGAGUGCAAACACUCUCCGAGCUCAUAUUCUUGAAGUUGGAAAUGGAUGCGAUAUAUUUGACUGUGUUGCCACGUACGCGCGCCGCCGGCAGCGCGGGAUCUGCAUUCUGAGCGGCAGCGGCACGGUGACCAAUGUCAGUUUAAGGCAGCCGGCGGCGGCGGGGGCGGUGGUGACACUUCAUGGGAGGUUCGAGAUUUUGUCGCUUUCGGGGUCUUUUUUGCCGCCACCGGCCCCACCGGGGGCGACGAGUUUGACGAUAUUUUUGGCAGGAGGACAAGGUCAGGUGGUCGGAGGGAACGUGGUGGGGGAGCUCGUGGCGGCGGGCCCGGUGAUUGUGAUUGCUUCUUCUUUUACUAAUGUUGCUUAUGAGAGACUGCCGUUGGAUGAGGAGGAGGCGGCGCUUCAGAUGCAGCCGCCGGUUUCGCAAGGUUCCGGUGGCGGGGAUGGUGGCAGAUCUGGUGGUGGCGGUGGCGGUGUUAGUAGUAAUCCAUUUCCUGAUCCUUCUUCUGGGCUUCCUUUUUUCAAUUUGCCACUCAAUAUGCCUAAUUGCCAGUUGCCGGUGGACGGUUGGGUUGGAAAUUCAGCUAGCCGUCUACCGUUCUGACAAAUAAGUACUAAUGAGUGGUUUAUGAAUUCUAUGUCGCGAUCUUCAACUUGGUGGGAAGAAAUUAUGGGUCUGUUGAAGCCAAUCCAAUUGGGUGCAAUAGGGUUUCUUGAAUCAUAAAAGCUCAGCAAAUUACUGUUACUGGUACUACUACUAAUCACCAUGAUCAUGGAUCUUCUUGUCUCUUCUUUCUCUCUCAUCUUUUGUUGUUGUUGGAUUUGCUUUUUAAUUUUCUUUUUUUUUAAUCUUCUUGGGUUUUUUGUAUCUUUGAUUUGUGGAAAUAGUCUUCUUUGUUGUUCUUCAUGGAACUAUCUCCUUGUUAAGGAAAUGGUUUGAGAAUUCAGCUUUUGGGUUCACUCCUCACUAUUGUUUCACACUUAAACAUUUCAAUUAGCUCUCUUAGUAGAUAGUGAUAGUGUUACUUCUGUGAAUCAUUAUCACUUGUUAGUAAAUCCUGUGGGAUUUGGAAA